CCGCCGGCCGAGCGAGUCGAUGAGCAGGCGCCGAGGGCGGCGCGCGGCUCGUCGUGGUCUCCGGCCCGCCAGGCAGGCGUCUUCCGGGAGAGGCGGGCGGGGUACUCGCGAUGCACGCGCUGUGCCGCUGAGCUAAAUCCCCAGCCCCGGAAACUCCGAAUCCAGAGUGUAAACAGUUAAGUGCUGUACGCCUGUGUGUUUAUGCCUCAAACAGGAUGCUGUGUUCCCUGCUCCUUUGUGAAUGUCUGCUGCUGAUAACGGGUUAUGCUCACGAUGAUGACUGGAUCGACCCCACAGACAUGCUCAACUACGAUGCUGCGUCAGGAACAAUGAGAAAAUCGCAGGGGAAAUAUGGUAUAUUAGAGAAAAAAGAUGUCAGUCCUGACUUGUCAUAUGCUGAUGAAAUGUCCGAAUGUUACAGCAGACUUGAUUCUUUGACUCAUAAGAUUGAUGACUGUGAAAAGAAAAAGAGGGAAGACUAUGAAAGUCAGAGUAACCCUGUUUUCAGGAGAUACCUGAAUAAGAUUUUAAUUGAAGCUGGAAAGCUUGGCCUUCCUGAUGAAAACAAUGGUGAUAUGCAUUAUGACGCUGAGAUUAUCCUUAAAAGACAAACCUUACUGGAAAUCCAGAGGUUCCUCCGUGGAGAAGAAUGGAAGCCAGGAGCCCUGGACGACGCCCUGAGUGAGAUUUUAAUUAACUUCAAGCUUCAUGAUGCUGAAACGUGGAAGUGGCGAUUUGAAGAUUCCUUUGGGGUGGAUUCGUUCAGUGUGUUGAUGGUUCUCCUGUGUCUGCUCUGCGUGGUGAUGAUAGUAGCUACUGAGCUGUGGACACGUGUGCGUUGGUACACCCAGUUGAGACGUAUUUUUGUCCUCAGUUUUCUCGUCAGUUUGGGAUGGAAUUGGAUAUAUUUAUAUAAGCUAGCUUUUGCACAACAUCAGGCUGAAAUUGCCAAGAUGGAGCCAUCGGGCAACGUGUGCGCAGAGAAGAUGGACUGGACUGGCAGUCUCUGGGAAUGGCUCAGAAGUUCGUGGACUUACAAGGAUGACCCAUGCCAAAAAUACUAUGAGCUCUUACUAGUCAACCCUGUUUGGCUGGUUCCACCAACAAAGGCACUGGCAGUUACGUUCACCAACUUUGUAUCGGAACCACUAAAGCACGUUGGAAAAGGAAUUGGUGAAUUUAUUAAAGCACUCAUGAAGGAGAUCCCGGUCUUACUUCAGAUUCCAGUGCUGGUAAUUUUGGCAUUGGCUGUCCUGAGUUUCUGCUAUGGCGCUGGAAAGUCAGUCAGUGUGAUGAGACAUUUAGGGGGUCCUGAGAGAGGACCUCCCCCGGCCCUGGAGCCCAGUGGGCGAAGACGGCCGAGGGCAAUUGACGAUAGACGCCUUGGCGGAGCAGGUGACGCAGAUUUCUGUUCCGGGCGCCCUUCUGGCUCCAGUAAGCAAGGCCCUUAUGACAGAACGUGGGAGUGUAGAAGAGAGGCUUUGAGGGAGAGAGACGCUGGCUUGAGAUUGCACAGUGGCAACGAGAGCCCUGAAGUGCUCCGGGCGUGUGAUUUACCGGACACAGAGGCACAGGAGCGCCCCAAGGCGGUACCCAGUCAUAGCUUACCUAUUCUGGACACAAAGCCCCAGGAGACUGGAGGGAUCGCAGGAGAAAGCAGCCCGGCUGCUAAGCCUGCCUCCGUCCCAGCGGCCUCAGGGGCCCCCGAAGGCUCCCCUGGCGUGGGAGAGGCCCUGCUGAAGAGCGACGCAGAGGGCGGCCCCCAGGAGGGCAGCGUGUGCAGCCCAGCGUGCGGAAGGGAGCCCGUGAGCAGCCCCUGCAGCUAGCGCGACCGACGGCCGCAGCUCCGGAGUCUUCCUCUUGAGUUUUGUAAAGUAUAUUCUUAACAACUCUGUUCACUCUUCCCUACAUACAUUCUGGUAUUUGCUACAAAGGUGCCAUUUAAUGAUAUUUUUUUGACAAUCAGAAUUAACAAGCACAUGUAUGUUUAUAUGUAUGUAUGUAAAAGUUUCUAUUUAAUUUCAUCUUUUUAAGAUAAAUCCCAUAAAGUUUUGAAGUGUUAAUUUUGGAACAGGGUCUCACGGAAUUUACUUUUUAAAAUGAAUAUUCUGGUAGUGUUCACUUGGCUAACUAAGGUGACUGAGCUAGGGGGUACUGCAUUGAAGUUUCCUUGCAGGAAACCCGUGUGUUCCCUGGCAGAGCCCCGCACCACCUCCUUCAGUCCACAGAAUCAUCUCAGGGUCCGUCCAGCCGACAGCUCAGCUCCCCCCGGCCAGCACAGGUCAGUGCGGCUGUGACGGGCCCCGCCUCCUCGCGCCUUCCGGUGGCACAGAACUGAGGAGUGCCGUGCGAAUUCAGACUCACACAGCUUGCGUAGCCAGGAGCCUGUUUUACACUGUCAGCACACUUCGAGAAUGGCUUUACUUUUUCCCUGUCCAAUCAGUCUUACAGGCUUUGUAAAAUCUGUUUUUCUUUUUGCUCAGAAUCCUAGCAGUUGGCACUGUUGGAUAUUACUGUCGCUUAGACAAACCAUUAUUGUCCUGGCUGUAUGAUCUAAUUUUUAUAGAUCUAUACCUAGAGAAGAACAUUAUGGUAAGGAAAACAGAAUAGGGUGUAAUAGGUAAAUCAAAAAUGUUUCGUCAACAUUUAAACUCCUGGUUUUUAUAUUUUUGAGACAGGGUCUUGCUCUGUAGUCUAGGCUGGCAGGCCUGGAACUUGCCAUGUAUCCCAACCACGCUGGCCACGAACUCAUCAUCCUGCCUCAGCCUCCUAAGUGGUGGGCUUAUAGGUGUACUGUACACCAUCACACCUGGAUAGUCUCGUUGAU